CUUAAUCUAGUCAGUUGUCUUUGUUAGACUGUUACAAACAGAUGACUCCAUCGGAGCUUGCCAUGGAUGAGGGAAACUCGGGCGAAGAAUAUGCCAUUAUUAAAUUUUGCUCUUAGUCACAGAUGCCAUUUUUGGAACCUUCUCCCAACCCCAUACCAACUUCCAACAAAGAGAUCCUUUUUUUCUCCUGGGCUUUCUUCAUAUAUAUUUCGGAUUUCACAUGGUUAUGUUUUCAACUCUUGGAAAUCCCCAGGAACAUGAUGGUAACGAAAGCUCUUCCCUUCAAUCCAACCUUCUAUCGCCCUUCUGAGCUCCAUUCUUUGAAACCCACUUCGCUUCUUCGAUUUCCUAAUUCAAGAACGGUCUUAUUUGGUGUGUUUGGUUCCAAGGUUCGCGUGUCAAAGACUAUAACCGAGUUGGUCAAAAGUUCUGCGUUUAGGAGUGGCGAUGGUCAGAAAAAAUUCAAAGUUUUUCAACACGAGGCUUUUGUGAAAGGCUCUACCGAGUUUCAUCCUGAAUCCAUGGCUGAUGAAUUGGGGGCGACUCUCAAUCGCCUGUCCAAAUGGGUUGUAGCUUUCAUGUUCGGUGUUGUUCUUCUAUGGAGGCACGAUGCUGCAUCAUUGUGGCUUGCUAUGGGAUCUGUUAUAAAUGUUAUCAUCUGUUUAAGACUCAAACGGAUAUUAAACCAACAGAGACCCGUUUCCACAUUGAAAUCUGACCCAGGGAUGCCAUCUUCACAUGCACAAUCCAUCUUCUACAUUAUAGGGGUUUGUAUUCUGUCAAUUAUAGAAAGGUAUGGAACAAAUGGAAGUACGUUGAUGGUUGCUGUACUUGCAUUGGCAUGUGGGUCAUAUGUUUCAUGGCUAAGGGUUUCACAACAAUUUCACACGACAAGCCAAGUGGUUGUUGGCGGUGCUAUUGGGUCGAUUUUCUCGAUUUUGUGGUAUUGGUGGUGGCAUGCCUUUUUGCGUGAAGCUUAUAUGUCCUUUCGGUGGGUUCGUAUAAUUGUUGCUUUUGGAGGUCUUGCCUACUCAUUGUGUCUUCUUUCACAUGUUAUCCGUUCCUGCCUUACUAAUCGACAAUAAUUUCUUUCUCUUUUUUUUUUUUUUUUCAUGUAAUUUAAGUAUUGAACACUGCCUAGCUUGGGAUAACCAAGUGGCCAAGGUAUCUAGAUCAAAAUUCGAAUUCUUCAUAUCCAAAUACCCCUAUAUAUAUGAAUAAUGAUUUUUUAAUUUGGUGAAGAA